AUUGAGCUGAGAUCGUAUGCUCAUAUCUUCGACUCUUGCCAGCAAGACUGGUACGCAGUAUGCUCGAUCAUCGAAAACACACUUGUCGUCAGGGAGCAUAUGUCAUAAAAUAAAUCUCCGUGGAAUUUUUAUGGUGAAAGCAAACCACCUACCUAGAUGUGUUAAGGGAAACCUGAGGAACACAAAAAAUGUUGUCGGCAAUUUUGUAACCUGCACCGGCAGUCGCUAUGGGGGUCUGUUUUUAGACCUAUAUCGAACAACAUGGAAUCGAGGCUCGAAUAUAAAAAUGGCGUGUAAAUACAAUUAACUACAAUAAAUUUCCACAAAAAUACCAGAAAUCUUUAAUAUACGUCUGUCUAAUACAUAUCCAUAGACUUAAGUACUAAAUACUGAUCACAUGAUCAACACUGCACGAAAGCGAGGCUGGUCAUUUGUUGGCUUCAAAUAAGCAUCAAAGGCAUGAAUUCUGGUAUCGAAAAUUGAUCAGAGAGUUAAAUUUAUCAAAGUGAGUAUUAUUUCAUGUUUAAAAACUAUAUUCAGAUCAAUAGCUCAUUGAAAUCAGGAAAAUCAAUGAUUUUGGUCAGCGGUCAUUUUCAUCAUUUUUUUUUUGUUUAAGAAGAUAUGGAAACGGAUUGUGGUUCAAAAACAAAUGAAAUUGAGGCCCAAGGGUUGGAUUUACAUUUAUGUAUAAUUUGUCAAAGGAAAAAAACCGAAAAUCUAGUUGAAAAGCCCGAAGCACAUGAAAAAGUGUGGGUAUCGAUCAAGGAAUGGAGUAAAUAUGGCAAUCUUCAGUACACAGAAGUGUGGAAUAAGUUGAGGUUUACUUCUGUCCAAGAGCUCGAGGAUGGGCAGGCAUCAUGGCAUAGAUCAUGUUAUAAAGCUGCAGUACAUGCUGGAAUGCUUAGACGAGCAAGAGAAAGGUAUGAGAGGCAGCUCGAAGGCCCCAGUGAGUCCAGGCGAAAAUCACGACCACGUUCAUCAGUAGAAAUUCCUCAACUAACCCGUUCGUAAACGUCUCCCUACAAUAAGAAUGUCUGUUUUUUCUGCGAUGGCCCACCCGGUUACCGUAAGAACCUGCAUAAUAUUAGUACCUUUUCUGCUGGUGAGUCCCUUCGCACUGCCAUUGGGAUAUCAGGGAAUGAUAAGCUCUCGGUUAAGCUCAACACAUCAAUUUCUCCAGAUGAUGCUCAUUCGAUAGAUAUAAAGUGCGACAAAAACUGUUGGGCAAUUCAUGUAUCGCACGUUUUACGAAGAGAAACAUCCGAAUUAUCAUCUGAGAAGUUGGCUGGUGAGAUUGCAGCACAAAUAGAAUUCCUGACAAUGACGGAGAUGACUCUGUAUUUACACGCCAUUUUAUAUUCGAGCCUCGAUUCCAUGUUGAACCAUAUAGGUCUAAAAAUGGACCCCGGAUAGCGGCCGCCGGUGCAGGUUACAAAAUUGCCGACAACAUUUUUUGUGUUCCUUAGGGUCCCCUUAACACAUCUAGGUAGGUGGUUUGCUUUCACCAUAAAAAUCCCACGGGAUUACAUAUGCUCCCUGACUAUUGAGGUUGUAAAGAAAGAAUAUCCCCAGAUUACCCAAGUGAACCUAAGGAGUGACGAAGCAGGCUGUUACCACAAUAACUUUCUCUUAGCCGCCGUUAGAGAUGCCAGAAGACGAGUAAGCAUUGAAGUAGCACGGUAUGACUUUUCCGACCCGCAGUAUGGAAAAGAUAUCCGUGAUAGAAUCCUUUGUCCAAUGAAAUCAUCCAUCCGACGAUAUUGCAAUGAGGGACACGAUGUCGUUUCUGCGAUAGACAUGCGUGUAGCGCUUUCAGAACGCCCUGUUCAAGGUACAACUGCCUCCGUGUACGCAAUGAAUGAGACUCAAAAGACACUCGAAGUACAUAACAUGGAAGGUUUCAGCAAGUAUCACAAUUUCAAGCUUGAAGUGGAAGGAAUUAGAGCAUGGAGAGCUUAUGGUGUUGGACUGGGCAGGUUUGUUCCUUACCGAGAGGUCAUAACUGAACCUCAAGGUCCUACUGAUCUCAUUGUGCAUGAGAACUUCUUUCCUCUCAAAGAAGCUCGAGUAUAUAAUAGAGAG